AUGGCGAACCAGACUCCUGCUGUUGUCAUGGACAACGGUACCGGAUACUCCAAGCUAGGAUUCGCCGGCAAUGACUCGCCCUCCUUCGUUUUUCCCACCGCCAUUGCAACCAAAGGCCCAGCGGCAGGUGGAGGCUCCGGCUCCGGACGCCCCGCGGUCGCCAAYAAGCCAUCAUUUUUGACAGGCGGCGCAGGGCCUGGGGGUCACUUGUCGGCAAAGAGAGGAACGGAGGACUUGGACUUUUUCAUCGGAGACGAGGCGCUGGCAGCAUCAUCGGGUCCUGGAUACGGACUACACUACCCCAUUCGACAUGGACAAAUUGAGAACUGGGACCACAUGGAGCGCUUUUGGUCCAACAGCAUCUUCAAGUACCUGCGAGUCGAGCCUGAAGACCACCAUUUCCUCCUGACCGAGCCACCUCUUAACCCACCUGAAAAUCGCGAAAACACCGCCGAAAUCAUGUUUGAAUCCUUCAACUGCGCAGGUCUUUACAUUGCCGUUCAAGCCGUACUCGCUCUUGCCGCUUCGUGGACCUCAUCCAAAGUCCAGGAUCGCUCAUUAACAGGAACUGUUAUCGACUCCGGUGAGGGUGUGACCCACGUCAUUCCUGUCGCAGAAGGCUACGUCAUUGGCAGCAGCAUCAAGAGCAUCCCAAUUGCAGGCCGUGACAUCACCUACUUUGUGCAAUCCCUUCUCCGUGACCGAGGCGAGCCAGACAGUAGCUUGAAGACUGCCGAGCGGAUAAAGGAGGAGUUCUGCUAUGUCUGCCCUGAUAUCGUCAAGGAAUUCGCACGCUUCGACCGGGACUCAGAUGAUCGAUUCAAGAAGUACGAGGUCAAGCAGCCUGGUGGYAAGAGCGUCACGGUGGACGUUGGAUAUGAACGCUUCCUCGCGCCUGAGAUCUUCUUCAACCCCGAAAUCUACAGCUCUGACUUUCUUACUCCACUACCAAACAUUGUGGACACCGUCAUCCAGACAUCACCCAUCGAUGUCCGAAGAGGUCUGUACAAGAACAUUGUCCUCUCCGGUGGAUCCACCCUAUACAACCAGUUCGGCCGUCGACUACAGCGAGACAUUCGUCAUUUGGUAGAUGCAAGGAUAGCGGCUUCGGAAGCCAAGGCAGGAAAUGCGGCCAAGAGUGGCGGAUUGGAAGUUCAAGUCAUUACGCACAAACGGCAGCGACAUGGUCCAUGGUUCGGAGGCUCGCUUCUUGGUCAGACACCAGAGUUCAGGAGCUACUGCCAUACCAAGGCGGAGUACGACGAGAUAGGUCCGAGCAUCGUCCGCAGAUUUGCAUUGCUGGGAGGCCCAGGCAGUACGUAG